UGAUAGGACCAGUUAAAACACUUGCCAUUCAGCUCGGAAAUUAUGAAGUAGUUUGAUUUUCCUACCUGUUGCAUAUGGAGUUGAAUUUUUUGAAUGGGAGCAUGUGGCGGUAUUGAUCACGGUAGAGUGGUGAAGCAUUGCUAUGUUUGAGGCCGGGCUAUGCUCUGCAAUGCAAAAUCAAUUAUAAUGUCAUGAAUUUCUUACUUAAAGGCAGCGAUGGCUUUUUUGUAUUUUUACAUCGAAUUGCCUUUACUGAAGCAAGGCUUAGAGAGAGAGCUUAAACGCAUAAAAGGCUAAGUGACUGCCAUCUGUUAUCCUGGAAUGGCUACUGUUUUACACAGUUCUGUGAUUCCGUGAUAUGUUGUGAUGGAAGUGGAAACAUUAUUGUUGCUUGUCGGGCUACUUGUGCAGUUCAUUGAAGGAAGAGGAGAUUUGCCUUACCUGGUGAACGCUGAGAAGGAGCCCGCAGCAGAAGUUGAUCUUGCCACAAACGAUCGUAUUUAUGUAAAAAAUAAAAUCUAUAUGCCAACAUUAGGAUCACUCCCAAGGCUCAAGAGAGAUACAAAGCCCCAGGUAUUAGACACGAAAAAUAAUUUGCAAAAGGUGACAAUUGAAGUGGAGCGUUUGUUCGAUAGCUUGAAUAAAAGGCGGAGUGAAAUUGACCGUCCGGCGAAGGAGAACGAGAAUGAAAAUGAAGUUACUGUAGUUAUAGAAGAUGAUGGGGAUGGAGACGAUGAAGAGAGUGAUAAUGUUGAUGCUCGGAGCACUGGAGAAAAUUCAAGUGGAGAUGGGCCUGGUUAUACCAUUAUUCUGGACAAUACAAACGGAAUAAGCGAGGCAUCAACGCCAAAAAGUACAUCUAGUGAUUUUUCAAAGAUGAUAGCUUCGUACGAUAAGAUGAACAAAAAGUUUGAAACGUUUUUGUCGGAAGAAAAAAACCACAUUCCAAGAAAUGUUGUGCCGACGGUGGCAGAGUCCCGAUCUAUCGCAGGGACAAAAUCUGAUAUAAAAAAACGUGCUCCUUCAAUUGCAGUAAAGACCACUCGAGGACAUGAAAAUGUAGCGAAAAGUACGAUAGAAGCUGAUAUUGAGAAACUGAAGAGACUGAAAGAAAAACUAGAGAUGGAAAGCAAUGCUAUUGAAAAUGGCUGGCAGAAUGAUCUCAAGGAGGGUAGAUCUAAGAUAAACAAUUGGAAUUCUUCUACUGGACAAAUGAUCCAAGCAAUCGAGGACUCAGAUAACAGUAAAGCAACUAACCAAAGAAAUGCAGGUGGAUAUGGGAAAGCAAAGGAGGGCGUGAAAGAAGGUAGCAAGCAAGGGAUGAUGGGACUUAAAGUAAGCAACAAGGCAACAAACAAAAGUACAGUUGGUUCUGAAAGCUAUCAACGCAGCGAAGCUGCAGACGACAUGAAAAGCUGGAGAAAGACAAGGCCGACAGGGGGUAGGCCAACAAAUGCGAGAGCAAGUACUCAGGGCGAGUUUCCACUGAAAAGCACGAGAAAGUUUUCCCCUACCCCAAAAGCUUCGAGUGCAUCUAUUAAAUCCACAAAAAGCUCUAAUUAUAGCGGAGGAAGUGGUACCAAAAUCCCAGUUCGCCGGGUGAUUCAUCCACGAAAAGCCGGUGCGAUGAUAGAAUACUUGAAUAAGGAUCCUUUAGAAUCGUGGUUCUACAAGUAUCAAAGUUUGCAAGCCCUGGGCCUAAAUUCCACUAUGUUGCGAAGUGGCUUGGUGAAUGCUGGCUCAAUUGACAGGUUGAAAGGUGUUAUGGAGAGGGCUUUAAAGGGCGAGGAUAUAACUCUGAGCGUUGUUGGGGGGUCAAUAAGUGCAGGUGGUGGUUUGUACAAAGAUGAAAGUAGUAUAGCGGGUCUAUAUUACAAGGGUGUUGUCGAUUGGUGGAACAAGGUAAUCACGCCACUAACUGGAGCUCAAAUGAAAGUGAAUAACAUAGCAAUAGGCUCAAUCGGUACAGACUACUUUUCCUACUGUUUGGAAUGUCACAUAUCAAACGACUCGAAUAUAGUUAUUUGGGAGUUAUCGGGUAAUGACUACAAUCGCUAUCUAAAAACACCGACCAAGGGAGCGAAACCCCUUGAGAGACUCACGCGGAUGGCCCUGCAACUUCCACGCAAGCCUGCGAUAAUUUAUGUUAAUUUUUUCAAAGGAGUUGAUUACAAAAAGACGAAGAAAAACUGCCCUAACUUUGAGGAUCAGGGAGAGGACAUAAUUGCUCAUUUUUAUAAAGUACCAUCCUUGAGUUGGAGGGCAAUGGUUUGCGAAUCUCUCAUUAAUCAAAACCCUUUAUUUACCUUAAAGACAUUAUUUUGCAAAGACCAAUACCAUCCGUCGCUUUUAGCGCAUGCCCAGAUGGCCUUACUGCUCAUACUUCACCUUCGACACGUGAUGCGAUCAGUUCUUCAAUACGCAAAUGGUCACGAUGGGAUCUUGCCAAAUUUUGCAUCGCUGUAUAAUCUUCCGGCUCCGUUAUUCGUCGGGUUGGAGCAUCCCACCCCGCUUUGCUGGACUUUGAUAGCCCCCGAUUUUAAAGAGUCGAUCUAUAAUACUCUAAGCGUAAAAGUUCUCGAUGAAAAUGGGUUUAAACUCGAGUAUGCCACUAACUUUCCGAUUAGAUUUGAUCGUGUAAUUUGUUGGAAAGCAGAAAAGGUUGGUGCUGUAAUCAAGUUUCAAAUAACAUUGCCCGAGGAGAAAGCUUCAAAUGCAACAAUCAAAGGGAAUACCCGAAGCAAAUUUGAAAUUGCACUCACAACCCAUACGCGAUUCGGUGGUCGAGCUGAAGUUUGGCUGGAUCAGCGACCUAGCAGCCCAAUUGUCAUCCAAGAAGGAAGACCAAAUGAUACAGGAAAAAGAACUCAGGUGGAUCUUCUUACUCAAGAUGCUGAACCCGGCGUUCAUACUUUGAAUCUUCGAGCAAUUAAAGAAGGCUUCUGUUUAUCUUCAAUAAUGGUUUUUUGAUCAUUUUCAGGUCAUCGAUUACUCACAAAUAUUGGAUGAUAUUGUAAUGGUUUGGACUUUUUUGUUAGGUAUAUCUUUUAUAAUUUGAAUCAUUUAGAAAAUUUUUAUUAAGAAAAGCUGGAUAAAGUUCAGUGCUAUUCUUAAUUUUUUUUGCUAACUUUUUUUCUGUGAGAUAUUUCUUGAUUUUCGUGUCUCUCUGUAGAAAAACCAAAUUACCACAACUUGCAUUUGGAAAUGGCAAAUAUAAUGUCAAAUUGUACAUUGACUCACUGUCUUAAAAAAUUGGAAGUUUUGUGAUUUAAACAAAAAAACUACACGCAUAUCGAGAAGGGCUGAAAUGAUAGCAGUUUCUCCGCUGGCUCAACUUUGAAAAAUUCUAAUCGAAUGAAAAGAAUGAUUAUUAAAGUAUGUUUCUUGUAUGCUGACACAAACUGGUCAAAUAUUUGUUUGUCAUACCCAACGAGCUCACAAAGAUCGUAAAGCGUUUUGAAUCCCACGCCAAUGACGAAGUUAAUCCCAAAAAUAGACUUAGAAAAGUUUUUCAGAUGAAAGUGACAAGCAGUGGUCUACAUACCAUAGUAAUCCAAAUAAGCCCCCAUCUCGAGUUAGCCCCCUCUUGGAUAAUUUACCUCUCAAAUAAGCCCCCUUACAAACGUUAGGUUUUUAAUAAGCCACAUUCUCGAAUAAGCCCCCUUCAUGUAAACAGGCCCUAAGAUAGUGUAGGUCUCCUCAAGGUUUUAUCCCUGGUCCAUUCAUUUUGUCCUUAACAACUCAAAAUUUGCCUGGAAGUCGUAGAACUAGAAUUUUGAGAAUGAUUCAUCAUUUGUCUCUUGAAACUCCUGAAAACAAUUAUCUUUAAACAGGAAAUAUAUGGAAGAUUCGGUCUUUAUUUGUUUGAAUACAAUAAACUAUUACAGAGUUUUAACUAUGAAAUGGAGAGUUUUUCCCAAAAAUUGUUGGAACGGCUUUCUUGUCUAUCCAAAUGUUCAUUUGUCAUCGUUAGACUUUCCGGUACUCGGUUUGUAUCAAUUAUCGUUUCCAUUUUCUUUCAAAUCCAAAAUUAGUUGCACAACACUCAAAGAGUGGUGUAUCGAUCACAGCUUUUGUGACAAU